AUGGGUGGUGGUGCUGUUGAGAGGAAGGUACAAACUACAGCAGCAAACACGGGUGGCAAAUUCCGUCCUAUUCUCGUCAAGGGUCCAGCAGCAGCAGCCGCUGCUUCUGCUACUACUGGAGGGACAGUCACCACUGCUCCUCGUGCUGCUGCUACUGCUGCUCCUGCUGCUGCUGCUGCUCCUCCUGCUCCCUCCCGCAUCGCCACGACCAUGACCCCACCAGCAGUGGUUUCUACACCAAAUACUCCCGCAGCUGACACUGAUAUCGAGGAGUACUAUAACGAGGAUGAUGCCAUUGCAGCGGCCACUCUAGCAGCCGCAGCAUCAGCAGCAGCAGCAGCAAGGGCAGGGAGAGUUGAAGCUUCUGAUGGUGUGGGUGUUGCUGCCAGAGGUGGAGUGGCAGCGGGAAGGGAAGGGGGACAAACAGCCAAUGCUGCUGCGCAAGCGCCGGGGAUAGUCAAGGUGGGGUCGAUGCCUGGUGCUACCGCAGCAGGAACAGCAGGUGUGGUGGAUGGGGGGGAAGAGGUGAGGUCAAGUGUACUGAUGCAGUUCAGAGAGGGCUUCCCUGCUUCUGGCUUGCCGUGGGACGCGCUUAAGUGGUGGGGUGCGGAGGGAGGGAAUGCAGGCGACAUAGGUGGUGUGGGAGGAGUGAAAAGAGUGGGCGGAGGGGAUUUAGUUUGCAAGGCUGACAGGGGAACUGGGGAGGAUGGGAGUGGUGCUUCGAAGGGUGUUGUGCUGGGUUGUGGGGUGGAAGACAAGGAGAGAGUGGAAGAGGAGGAGGGUCGAUUAGAGGAAGUGGGUGAGGAAGAGGAGGAAAGGCAUGAGAUGGAUGAGGAGGGGCAACAAGGGAAGCUAGGGGAGGAGCAGGAGGAGGAAAACGGGAAAGAGCAUAAGAAGGGGAUGGAGGAGGCGAAGGGGAAGGAGGAGGAAACUGGGAAGCAGGAGAAUGGGAAACAGGAGAAGGAACAGCAGAGAGGGAAGCAGGAGGGGAAGAGGAAGAGGGAGGAGAGCACAUUAGAGAUGGCGGAGAGGCUGGUGGGAAUGCAUCGAGCAGCAGUGGGGAGGGCGAGGGUGGGCAGGCAGAGUGCGGUGUCACGGGGUUAUGCAAGUCCAGCAAGUGGCGGUGAUCUCGCUGUGCUCUCGUUUGUGUUUGGUGCUUACACUCCUCGCCAGUGGUGCUGCGAUGGUUAG